AUGAGACUUCCCGCCUGUUUGGCCGUGCUUCUUCUCUUCGUGGGCCUCUGCGCCGCCGAGACCCACUACCUCUACCCCACCAACACCACCUGGGUCGCCACCAUCCAGGCCAUGACCGCCGGUGACAUCGCCAUCCUCGCUCCUGGUGAGUACACUGUUAAUGGCACCUUCUCGCUCAACUUCGCUGGCAGCUCCGGCUCGCCGAUCACUGUGAAGGGCACCGUGGUCGAGGGCAACCUUCAGACCAUCAUCAAGCAGGAGGCCAACAACCAGAACAUCAUGAACGUCGCCGGCAGUUACUACGGCUUCUAUAACCUCACCUUCACCUGCGCCGAUAGCUGCCUCCAGGGCGUGAGCGUGGGCGCCAGCUCGCACGCCACCUUCCAGGACCUCGUCAUCCACCACACCAACCGGACCGGCUUCGUGGCCAGCACCGCCAGCGCUGUCUACACCGAUCUCACCGUCAGGCGCGUCGAGAUCUACGACACCGGCCGCGACACCAGCGAGUGCUUCGUGUUCGGCUGCACCAGCGACCGCUGCCAGGUGCACGACAGCAUGAUCGAGCUCAACUACUGCCACGACAUCGUGGACACCAUGACCAACUACGGCGUCGGCAUUGUGGUCAACACCGGCUCCUACAAGAACACCAUCAGGAACAACGUCGUCUUCAACACCAACGCUGCAGGCAUUCGCCUCUACGACGACUACGGUCGUGGCGUCAACUUGGUGGAGGGUAACGCCGUGACCAAGACCAAGAGCAACGGCAUUCAGGUGAGCUCGGGCGCCAUGGUGAGGAACAACAUCGUCGCCAACGUUGUCUCGUUCGGCAUCGCCGUCUCCAGCGCCCAGCUCAAGACCGCCAACCGCUACCACGACAUCCAGAUCGUGCACAACACUGUGGCCCUGUCCGGUCAGGCCGAUCUCUCCCUGCCCGCGCUCAGCGGCGACAGCUUCGUCGUGGUGAACAACGCCUUCCUGUCCUCCACCGCUGCCUUCACCGUCGGCACCCAGUCCAGCUCGGUGUGGCUCAAGAACGCCUACGUCGCCGGCUCGCUCCCCACCGGCGUCGCCAGCUCGGCCCUGUUCCAGGUCACCGCGGACGUGGUGGGCGAGACCUACUACCCCACCAACACCAGCGCGCUCAUCAACGCUGGCACCAAGAGCUACGCCACCCCCGUGACUUGGGACUACAACGGCACCCCCAGGAGCUCCUCCACCCCCACCGUGGGCGCCUACGAGUACACCACGGCCACCAACCCCGGCCAGCCCAUCGGCUCCACCAUCAAGACCCCUCUUGAGACCUACCCCUCGGACAGCUACAACGCCGAACCUGACGACGGUGACGAUUCCGGCAAUGGUUCCGGCAACGGCAGCAACUCUGCCGCGGCCUCGGUCCAGUCCUGGAUCUCCCUCAUCCUCGCCUAA